AUGGAGGAAGGGAAUAUACCAGUGUUAGCGGAGAAGAUAAAGCAGAUGGUGAAGGUGAUACUGCUCAUGGUCAGGAAGGGAAUUUCCAAGUGGCCCAAGCUCAUGGUUGACCUCAACAUGAUGAUGAAGGGCCGCAAGAUCGCCGGAAAAGCCAUCCACAACCUCAUGUUCCACCACCACCACCACCACUCCGCCACCCGCUCCCACGACGGCCGCCUCUCCUAUUACGGCGGCCCUCGCGAGGUCGAGUUCAGCUGCAGCAACAGCCCCGCCAAACGUCCUCGCCACCACAACUCCCAAUACUUCUUCCCCUGCGGCCAAGCGCCUCCCACCGACGACGAGUUCGUCGCCACCGCCAAUGCCGUCAGGAGGGAGCUGGAUAUGCUGGCUCGCAAGGGCGCCGCGUCGCCCGCUCUCUCGGCCUUCCUGCAGAGCCCCGCGGUGAGCGAACUGAUUUACAGCGAGCUCUCGUCGCCGGCGCUGCCGGGGUUCGGUCGGACCCCGCUGGUGCGGCAGCUGAGGGUGACGGACUCGCCGUUUCCGUUGCGCGACGUCGACGAAGAAGAUCACCGCGUGGAUCAAGCGGCGGCGGAGUUCAUAAUGAAGUUCUACAACGAAUUGAGGAAGCAAAACAAAAGUCCCCUGCGUUGA